CAUCGGCACAACUGUGGUGCUUGUCAGUGCUAGUCGUGCUAGUGCCUCUUCAAUGAAAGUUUGUAGUAAAUAAAAAAAAUAUAUAUAUUUUCAUUUCACUCCGUAAGCAUUCGAAAUAAUUAGCUUUGCUAUUCCAUUUUAUGAGAAGAUCAGUUUGAGUGAAUGUUUCCGUAAAUUCAUUGAAGCUUAAACAUAUAUCGGGGAAGAAUUGAUUUGUAAAUAGGAGUGUUAUAUUUCAUUGAUAGGCCAGCAGAUUGCAAUGUCUGACUGCCUAACGUGCGCCAAAUCCGCAGAUAGCGAUGGAGGACAAUCGUUCGCGAUCAGCUCGAACCGGGACAUCCAAAUUGCACUGUGCAAGCAUUUCUGGUUCGAUGAAGACCAGUACCUUCAGAAAACCAUAUGCUAUCCAUGUUGGCACAAGAUCGAGGACUUCCAUCGGUUCUACUGUGAAGUGAAGCAACUACAUUCACGCCCGGUGUAUUCCGUCAUUCCGCUGGAAGUCAAACGAGAAGAUCAACAGCUUGAUUUCGCUUUAGGACCUGCUGAACAAGCAGAUCAGUACGUGGCCGCCGAAGGUCAUGGAAGUGAUCAUGAACUUUUUGAGAUCAAAGUUGAAGAUCCGAAAGUUGAUUUUCUUUCAGAUCUUCCAGUCACUCAUAUUGAGUCCAUGAAAGUUGAAGGGGGCAAAGAUGUCAUCAAUAAGGAUGCAGAUUUGAACAAUACGACGAUGGUUCAGAUUCCAGAUCUGCCCGUAUUAAAAAGCGAAGAUCAACCUCAACCUAAUAUCGCUUCUGAGCACAAGAUUCACUGCAUAGAAGUUGAAGAUGACGAUACUCUUGACGAGAAUCCAGAUCUUGCCGUAUUGAAAAGCGAAGAUUGUCAAUCUGCUACCGCUUCUGAGCACGAGAUUAAUUGCAUAGAAGUUGAAGACGACGACGGUACCCUAGACAAGAAUCCAGAUAUGGUUGUACUGAAAAACGAAGAUCGGCAAUCUGGCAUCGCUCCUGAUCAAAAGCUUAACUGCAUAGAAGUUGAAGACGAUGACGAUACUCUCGACGAGAGUCCAGAUCUGGUCGUAUUGAAAAGCGAAGAUUAUCAACCUGAUACCGCUUCUGAGCAUCAGAUUGACUGCAUUGAAGUUGAAGACGAUGACGAUACCCUCGACCAGAAUGGAGACGACGAAGAAAGUGGCAACGAAUCGCGAUCUUCAACAACGAAGAGAAACAAAUGUCGCCAACGAGUGCAGAAGAAUGUGAAGGAUGCGGUUCAGGAGUACGUGUCGAAGAAUCUCGUUUUGGACUGUGACACGUGCGGCGAAGAGUGUUCCAGUUUUGAAAAUUUACAGAGACAUUCAAUGAUGGAACACGCGAAAACGGCGACCAUUAUAUGCUGCAAUCAGAAGCUUUCGGAUAACUAUCGCUUCGUCGAUCACAUACGGUUCCAUUUGGAUCCGGAGGCUUUCAUGUGUCCCCACUGUUCGAAGCAGUGUGGAUAUCGAGGGGAGCUUAAGAAACACAUUCGUAUGUCUCACUAUGGGGAAACGAAAAAAUCUGUGGGAAAAGUUGAGCAGAGCAGAGCAAACAAAAGAAAAGCUGUAAAGGAGCAGAAAAGUGAUGAAUCGGAAAAAUCCAACAGUUCAGAGGAAGAAGACGAUGAAAAAAAUGACGAUAACGAUGCAACACAAAACGAUUCAAAACCCGGAGGUCGAUUAGUAAUAUCACCGGAAGAACUGGCAAAAAUUCAGUUGUUUGUAUCGAAGAACAUAAAACUGGAAUGCGACACGUGCUCGGAGAAAUGCACGACUUUCAAAGCGUUGCAGAGGCAUUCCAUGGUGAGGCAUAGAAAGCGCGCCAUUAUACAAUGCUGCAAUCGGAAGCUCGUGAACAACUUCCGAUUCGAUGAUCAUAUGCUAUUUCAUGUAAAUCCCAAACGAUUCAUAUGUACCUUAUGCACCAAACAGUGCCCCAACUGGGAGGCCCUGAAGAGACACAUUCAACUGGUGCACACGCCAGAUAGCGAGAAAACGCACCAAUGUGAAAUAUGCGCUAAAAAAUUCCCCACCAAGCUGGCUGCUUCGCGUCACAUCAAGCUGCACGGAGAAUCCGGAUCUUCGCAAAAUGACGACGCCGAGACUGAUCGAUUGAUCGCGAAAAAGUUCAACCUGAUGUGCGACACGUGCAACUUGAAGUGUGACACGUUCCAGGGCUUGCAGAGGCAUUCAAUGGCCGUGCACGGAAGGGGCACCUUUGUGUACUGUUGUGGCAAGAAGUACAGCCUGCGGUGGAAGUUGCUCGAUCACUACUACUACCACAUGGAUCCGACCAAGUUCCGGUGCCAGGUGUGCUUGAAAAGCUGGCCCCACUCGGAAUCGCUGCGGCAACACAUGAAGAAUAAACAUCCGGAGGAGGCCCGCAAGCGGGCCAAGUUGAACGAUGCGUGAAGGAAUUGAGGAUGGAUGAGUAGGUAACAUAUACCCAAUCAAUUAGUUUUUAAUAAAUGGACUAACUAAAGGUA